CUAGUGGUUACCCUCGUAUGUCCACGGCGAUGAGCAGGCAUGCGAAUGUCGCUACGCCCAUUCGAUCGAUAUGGGCACCCAUUUCGGAGGCAGGGCCGACUGUGGCCGAUUUGAAGCAGAAUGAGGGCAUGUUGGAGUUCCUCACCACGGCUGCACCGGAGGCGUCUAAGGAAGAUCGGGAAAAACGCGAAAAGGCUCUCCGAGUGCUUGAAGGGGUCAUCGGUGAUUGGCUGACAGAGGUUGGGGUGCAGCAGGGAAUGACCGCGGAGAAUGCAAGAAAGCAGUCGAACAAUGGAAAGUUGUUUACAUUUGGUUCUCAUAGACUUGGUUUGAUAUCCCCUUCGUCUGAUAUCGAUUGUCUCUGUGUUGCUCCUCGUCAUGUCACCCGAGAGGCCUUUUUUGGGAGUCUAGUAGGGAAGUUGCAGCAAAUGGAUGAGGUGGAGACGGUCACCCCAGUACCAGACGCUUAUGCUCCGAUCAUCAAGCUUGUGUGCUGUGGGGUUGAUAUCGAUCUGCUAUUCGCACGUUUGAAUUUGACAUCAACAAGCGGUUUGAAGGAUUUGCAAAGUGACGAGCUACUGAAGAAUCUAGAUGAUCGAAGUGUGAGAUGCGUCAAUGGUACGAGAGUGGCCGAUUUGAUUCUCAAACUGGUCCCGACACCCAAUACCUUCCGAGGGUGUUUGAGGCUCAUCAAACUGUGGGCGAAGCGGAGGGGUCUUUACGCCAAUAUCAUCGGCUUCUUUGGUGGCAUUACAUGGGCCAUUCUGGUGGCGAGAGUAUGUCAGAUGUUUCCCAACAUGCAAUCGGUCCAACUGGUUCGACGAUUCUUCCUAAUCUUAUCGCGAUGGAAUUGGGACAAUCCGGUCACGCUGUGCCCGAUAAGGCAGUCGAGUGAGAUUGGUUUGAUGAGCUUCAAGGUUUGGAAUCCUAAACNNNNGUCGAUGGCUGCUGGGCAGACGGUGACGUGUGAUCUACGAAAUUGUACUAGUGGGUUUUUCGAUAGGAUCAACGAGUGGUCGGAGAAGGAUACUUAUCAUGGCCAGUUUGAGAUGGAUAUUGCGUAUAUAUCCCGCCCUAAGCUACCGGAGCAUCUUGUUAAGGAUCAAUCACCAUCGACUGACACAGCCCCUGUGCCGGAAAUGGCGGUUCAGGGCACUAAGAGGAGGGUUCAGUCUGGAAUGAACCUUGCGGGUCGGCCUAAGAAGGGGCGGCAUUUGGAGCUUGAUGUUAGUUUGAAGGGUACAGCGACGACACGUUAA